AUGGCGGCGUUGUUGUUCCGCAGUCAGUCGUCGACGUGUGUCCGCGUCUCGCCAGCGCGUGACGCGAGCCGCCUGUCGUCCAAGCAGAACAACCAGAGCUUUCAGAACACUCUCAUCCCAUGCCGUCCCAAGCCGUUCUUUCCUCCUGCAUCCCUCUCCCACACCAGUGAUGAGGUGCUCAAGGAGCUGUUGAAGAUGAGGGAUCAGUUGGAGGAGCUGUUUGCAGGCCUAUCACUGGAGGAGAACUUUCAAACCUCCCGCCCUCUUGACAACAGUCUUUAUAUUAGUCGCCUCCUCCUCCUUCGUCCCCCUUCACCACCCCACCUCCUUCCCUUUCCUCCUCCCCCACUUCCCUCCCCCGCCUACUCCCUUCCUUCUCUCCUCUCCCCCGGGUCGUCCAAAAUCAACCUACCAGAAUCACAGACGCACGAUCGACAUCAUCGCUGCAGGGGACACCGGGGCAGAAAGUCGAUCAAGAGUCCCCGUUCGUAUCUCACUCAGUCCCCGUUCGUAUCUCACUCAGUCCCCGUUCGUAUCUCACUCAGUCCCCGUUCGUAUCUCACUCAGUCCCCGUUCGUAUCUCACUCAGUCCCCAUUCGUAUCUCACUCAGUCCCGUUCGUAUCUCACUCAGUCCCCGUUCGUAUCUCACUCAGUCCCCGUUCGUAUCUCACUCAGUCCCCGUUCGUAUCUCACUCAGUCCCCGUCGUAUCUCACUCAGUCCCCGUUCGUAUCUCACUCAGUCCCCGUUCGUAUCUCACUCAGUCCCCGUUCGUAUCUCACUCAGUCCCCGUUCGUAUCUCACUCAGUCCCCGUUCGUAUCUCACUCAGUCCCCAUUCGUAUCUCACUCAGUCCCCGUUCGUAUCUCACUCAGUCCCCAUUCGUAUCUCACUCAGUCCCCGUUAGUAUCUCACUCAGUCCCCGUUCGUAUCUCACUCAGUCCCCAUUCGUAUCUCACUCAGUCCCCGUUCGUAUCUCACUCAGUCCCCGUUCGUAUCUCACUCAGUCCCCGUUCGUAUCUCACUCAGUCCCGUUCGUAUCUCACUCAGUCCCCGUUCGUAUCUCACUCAGUCCCCGUUCGUAUCUCACUCAGUCCCCAUUCGUAUCUCACUCAGUCCCCGUUCGUAUCUCACUCAGUCCCCAUUCGUAUCUCACUCAGUCCACGUUCGUAUCUCACUCAGUCCCCAUUCGUAUCUCACUCAGUCCCCGUUCGUAUCUCACUCAGUCCCCGUUCGUAUCUCACUCAUUCCCCGUUCGUAUCUCACUCAGUCCCCGUUCGUAUCUCACUCAGUCCCCGUUCGUAUCUCACUCAGUCCCCGUUCGUAUCUCACUCAGUCCCCGUUCGUAUCUCACUCAGUCCCCGUUCAUCUUACUGGACUCGGCUGGUUGGGAGGAUCAAGAGAAUCACGAGGAUGAAGAGGAAGAUUUUCUUUCCAGCACCACUCUCUAUUACAACAAAUUCAUUGAUCUGUGUGCUGCUAGUGAUUCACAAGCGAAUGCAGGGGAUCACGAGGGGGCGUUGCAAGCAUACAAGCUGAUGUCAGCGAGUGGGUUUGCACGCGACUUGGAGCCAGAGCUUUGGAACAAGCUCAUCCAUGCCGUGGCUGCCGUGCCCUCCGCCCCUGCCUACGUGGCCUACGGGCCGGACCUAGACACGUACGUGGGGCUCAUGGCAGUGUGUGCCAGGGAUGGCGAUGCAGCAUGGGCGAUGGCACUGAGGAGGGAGAUGGAGGAUGGCGGAGUGGAGGUGACGGGAGAAGUGCUCCGUGCGCUCAUGGCCAUGCAACGCAAAGCGGGGAUGUGGGAGGCCGCUGUGGAAACCUUCAAAGAGAUGCAAACCAAGGCGGUGCUCUCAACCGAUGAGGAUGCGGCAUGGGGUCGUGAGUUCCUGAAGGAAGCUGCUGAGAAAGUUCGCCCUAAUGCGAAGACCCUCAAUCUUCUCAUUGAAGCAAGUGUAGAGGCAGGGUAUCACGAGGGGGCGGUGCGAGCGUACAAGCUGAUGGCAGCAAAUGGCUUGGCACAUGAAUUGAAUCCGGUUUUCUGGAGCAAGCUCACCCAAUUUGCGAGGACCGUGAUUGCACCGUCUACCCCUACUAACACUGCAAACGAGGCAGACACGCCUCCUCCAGUGCUCCAGCUCCUAUCAGAGGCUACUGAGAGUGGCUGUGUCGACCCAGAGGUCUUCAACCUCCUCAUCGAAACCAGCCUGCAGGCAGGGGAUCCUGAGGGGGCGUUGCGAGCGUACAAGCUGAUGUCAGCGAGUGGGUUUGCAUGCGACUUGGACCCGCCUUUUUGGAACAAGCUCAUCCACGCCGUGGCUGCCGUGCCCUCCGCCCCUGCCUUCGUGGCUUACGGGUGCUACGAUGGCAUGCAGCGGUGGGGUCCCGAACCAGACGAGGCAACGUACCAGGGGCUCAUGGCAGUGUGUGCCAGGGAUGGCGAUGCAGCACGGGCGAUCGCGUUGAGGAGGGAGAUGGAGGAUGGCGGAGUGGAGGUCACAGCAGUGGUGUAUACCGCGCUCAUCAAUGCUCAGGGCAGGGCAGGGGAGUGGGAGGCGGCUGUGGAGACGUUUAAUGAGAUGCAAGGCAGCACGAAGGGCGAGAUGGAGCACCCGCACCAGCCGUCAAUGGACACCUACACUCGGCUGUUUGACGCCUGCUUCGGGCCGGACGGAGCUGAUCCCGUGAUACGGGACGCGAUGCAGGAGGGGAAAACGCUCAAGUUCACUCCAGCGCUACAAGCAGCAGUGUCUAUCUUCAGAGAGGCAGCAGCUAAGGGCGUCUUUCCCCCGGCUUUGACUGCAGAUCCUUUCACGCUUUACGUGGUCGACUGCACUCGCCCUGUCGCGGCUGCGGCGCUGCUUUCGCUGCUUCUGCAUCUCGCCUCCUCCUCCACUGCUGGCUGUAAUGAUGCCUCGUGGCUGCAGAACUUGGUUAUUGUCACGGCAACCUUGUAUCGACAGUCGCAAGCAGCGGACGAGGCUCCACCACAGGAGCCAUGCCCAGACCUCCAAGGGACGAUGGAGGCAAUGCUGCAGGCGCUGGGGCUGAAGGGAGAGAGGCUGCAUGGCACGAGCGCGCUGCAGGGGCUGUGUGUCGACAGGGAGGACCUGCGCCUCUGGCUCAACACACAGGCUGCCUCCGUGUUCCUCGCAUGA